AUGAACAUCUUGAGAUUCGUUUAUAGAUACAGCUAAUCACUUUCUUAUCGCUUGAGUGAAUAAGGUUAAGGUCUCUCAUACCAAAUCAAUCUCCAUUGCAAUGAUACUGUAAAAUCCUUUUGGCAUGAUAUACCUAUCUAUCCAAUUAAAGGUUAAUAUAACAUAAUAAAUGUUGGAAUCGAAAUACCAAAGGAGAGAUUAGCUAAAUUUGAAGUAAGUAAAACCAUCAAAUAUAAUCCAAUUGUGUAAGAUCAAAAGAAAAAAAAAAAUUCUGAUGAAAAAGAACUCAGGUAUUAUGCUCAAUUUGCUCCAUUCAAUUAUGGUUUUAUUCCUUAAACAUGGGAAAAUUCAACAGUUGAUUUACAUGAUGGAUUUAAGGGCGAUGACGAUCCCUUGGAUAUCGUGGAUUUAAGUACUCAAAGAUACUAUCGACCUGGGGAUAUAUUUUAAGCUAAAAUCAUUGGAGCCUUUUGUGUUUUAGAUCAAGGUGAAAUAGAUUGGAAGAUUUUAGUAUUGAACACUGAAGAGGCUGAUAAAUUAUAAAUUAAUGAAUAUCGUGAUUUUGAAAAAAAGAAUGGUGAUAUAAGUAGAUUGAUUCUAAACAGAUUUCGUUACAUUAAGACUUUUGAUGGAAAAAAGGAGAACAUUAUUUUAUUCAAUAAUUAAAUCUUCGAUGCAAACAAAGCAGUUGAUAUUGUUAAAGAUGGUCAUAAAUAAUAUUUAGAUUUGCUUAAGGAUCCUAAAUUGAAUUAGAAAAGAAAGGAAUUUUAAAUUACUGAAUGA